AUGAAUUCUCAAUCAGAUAUUUCGAUAAAUGAACAAAUAAAAGAGAACAAAAAUAUUUUCUCGGUUUUGCAAAUCAAUGAUAAACAAUCGACGAAUGUUUUGUCAUUGGAUAUGGAAUCACACAUCAAUUCCAAAUCGAAUAAUAUGAUUCAUUUUCAAUUAUUCACUGAACUAAUCGAUAUCCAUAAGAAACGUGUGUGUAAACAACGAAAACACAUUCUUCUUACUUGUGGUAUCUUUAUCAUCAUUGGUUUUCUAUUAUUUAUCACAUCAUAUUUAAUAUCUGAAUGUAAGAAUUCAUCUGAUCAAUGUUCAUUAGUAAAUACUCUACUCUUUUCAUUUGGUAUUACAAUAUUUGGAUUUGCUAUUUUUAUUGCUUCUCUUAUUUGUUGUAUUUGGCCUUUUUAUAUGAAAAGAUUGUUUAAAGGUUUAGAUUAUAAUGAAAUUGGUGGAGAUAUGAUCGUUUGGAAAUUUGAUGAUGAUGAAUGGAUACGAUUUUUAAAUUAUAUUUUUGGUCCAAAUCAAAAAGGAACAAAUGCUGAUUAUUUUACAUUCUUCUGUUGUCGUCGUCAAUCGUAUGAAGAAUUGAUCAAUCGUCAAUAUGGACAUGUGAUUUUAUAUCGAAAUGGUUUCGUUAUUGAUCAAUUAUAUUUUGUUCCAUUUCGAAGAUAUAAUUUAAUUAAUACAGAAUUGAAAUAUUUCAAUGAAAAUCUUUCCAUAUCAGGAUUAAGAUUUCAAACGUAUCUUCAAGCAGGAAAACAUAGUCGAAUGGUUUAUUUUGAUAUAUUUGCACCAUCAUCAAUUACACAAAGUCAAUUAAUGGGAUUAGUUUAUUUAUAUAAUAGGAAAAAAAUCGAUCCCGAUGUAUUGAAUAUGGAUCGUGUCUAUAAUUCAUUAUUUGCAUAA